CUGUCACUCUCACCACACUGCCGCCAAGUGUCAGCCGUCGAGCCAAAUAAUAAACGACAACUGCGAGUAUUACGUAUACCCACACCGAAUAAUCCUCCUCAGAUACCCAUUCCCUCACCUCUCCUUGAGCAAGUACCAUAAUUUUUAAGUCACAGUACAGCCCUUUUGCUCUCCCCUGCUAGAAAAAAAUGGUGCUAUUCAAUGUUUCACGAGUGGAGACCACUCCUUUCGGAGACCAGAAACCUGGAACUUCUGGCCUUCGCAAGAAGGUGAAGGUGUUCAAGCAACCUAAUUAUCUGCAGAAUUUUGUCCAAUCAACCUUCAAUGCCCUCACUCCACAAAAUGUUAGAGGUGCUACACUUGUUGUUUCUGGUGAUGGUCGCUAUUUCUCAAAGGAUGCCAUUCAGAUUAUUACUAAGAUGGCAGCUGGAAAUGGAUUAAGACGUGUUUGGGUUGGUCAGAAUGGACUGCUUUCAACUCCUGCAGUAUCUGCUGUAAUACGUGAAAGAGUUGGGGUAGAUGGAUCCAAGGCAACGGGAGCAUUUAUAUUGACAGCAAGUCACAACCCAGGUGGUCCUAAUGAGGAUUUUGGGAUCAAAUAUAACAUGGAAAAUGGUGGACCUGCUCCUGAGGGAAUCACAGAUAAGAUUUAUGAGAACACUAAAACAAUAAAGGAGUACUUAACUGCUGAUCUGCCUGAUGUGGAUAUUACAGCAAUUGGUGUAACCAGCUAUCGUGGGUCUGAGGGACAGUUUGAUGUUGAGGUGUUUGACUCGGCUAGCGAUUAUGUCAAAUUGAUGAAGUCUAUUUUUGACUUUGAGUCCAUCCGGAAGCUCCUUUCCUCUCCAAAAUUCACUUUCUGCUAUGAUGCACUACAUGGAGUUGGUGGGGCAUAUGCAAAACGCAUUUUUGUGGAGGAGCUUGGAGCACAAGAAAGCUCCUUAUUGAACUGUGUACCCAAGGAGGACUUUGGAGGAGGGCAUCCAGAUCCCAAUCUCACUUAUGCGAAGGAGUUGGUUGCUCGUAUGGGAUUGGGUAAAUCUAACUCUGAAGUUGAACCACCAGAAUUUGGUGCUGCUUCUGAUGGUGAUGCUGAUCGUAAUAUGAUCCUUGGUAAAAGGUUCUUUGUUACUCCAUCAGAUUCUGUUGCCAUCAUCGCUGCAAAUGCAGUGGAGGCCAUACCAUAUUUCUCUGCUGGUCUAAAAGGAGUUGCCAGGAGCAUGCCAACAUCAGCUGCCCUUGACGUUGUGGCAAAAAAUCUGAACUUGAAAUUUUUUGAGGUUCCAACUGGAUGGAAGUUUUUUGGUAAUUUGAUGGAUGCUGGUUUAUGUUCAGUUUGCGGGGAAGAAAGUUUUGGAACUGGCUCAGACCACAUACGUGAGAAGGAUGGAAUUUGGGCAGUUCUGGCUUGGCUAUCCAUUCUGGCUUACAAGAAUAGAGAAAAUCUUGGUGGUGGAAAGCUUGUGACAGUUGAAGAUAUAGUUCACAACCAUUGGGCUACCUAUGGUCGCCACUACUAUACUCGAUAUGACUACGAGAAUGUUGAUGCAGGUGCAGCAAAGGAAUUAAUGGCAUCCUUGGUCAAACUGCAAUCUUCCCUUAGUGAAGUUAACGAGAUUGUCAGUGGUAUACAAUCAGAUGUGUCAAAGGUUGUUCAUGCUGAUGAGUUUGAAUACAAAGAUCCUGUUGAUGGUUCCAUUUCAAAGCACCAGGGUAUUCGAUAUCUGUUUGAGGAUGGCUCAAGACUGGUUUUCCGCCUCUCAGGAACUGGUUCAGAAGGUGCUACCAUCAGACUCUACAUUGAGCAAUAUGAGAAGGAUCCAUCAAAAACUGGAAGAGAUUCUCAAGAUGCCCUCGCUCCUCUUGUGGCAGUUGCUCUGGGGCUUUCUAAGAUGCAGGAAUUCACUGGCCGAUCAGCACCAACCGUUAUAACAUAGAUGUGAGCUGCUAGGCGCAGCAGUGGGGAUCAGAGUCACCUUGGAUGUGGGAAGUGUGGUCUUGAUAAACCAUGCUUUUAUAUGUUGAAUGCUUUUUAAGAAAUCCAAUAAUGCUACAUAUGCUUUUCUUUUUGUCGCCUUACCAAAAAAGGCAGGAGUACGAUUUACUAAAACACGCUGAUCCAAAGUUUUGAAGUUCAAAAUAAGAAUUUUUCUCAUGUUA